CUACCUAUACUGUUGCAUAUCCCGAUACUACUUUUUUGGUUACUACUACUGAUACACCCCCGCCCGCUAGUGAGAUUCCUUCCGGAGCUGUAAUCUAUGGCCCCUCCACUACUGUUACUGGGAAUCAGCCCUAUGUUUUUUAUACUCUUGAAGGCGGCACUUCCACCAUAGUGUUUUCCAGUUAUAGCUUUGAUAGUAUUGAUCCCAGCAAUAUUCCUUCUGGAUACACACUUAUCGGUCCCUCUACUACAGUUGUCGGAAACUCCCCUAUAAGUUCAACUCCCACUACAUCUGAUGCACCCGUGUUCUCUGAAUCAGCCUCAUCUAUUGGUAGAUCUUCGACUAGUAGUUCUUUAACUUCUAGUCACAUAUCGGCUAGUGGAUAUUCAGGCCCCAGCAGUCCUUCUACUUCCGGCAAAAUCUCGAAUACUAGGGGUAACUACGGACCUGGACCUACGGUCGCAGUAUCGGAAACAAUCGCUUAUAAUAGGCCUAAUUGCGACUUGGGAUUUUUCUUAGCCAUUGGAAUUAGCAUAGCAUAUUGCAGUUGGAUAUCUAUAAUUGAACGGUAG